UAGCUCCUAAUAUGGUAGAAAAUGUAACUUUUCGUAUGUCAGAUUAUGAGUCAGCUAUCCUGAAAAUUCUUAAAGAAAUUUUUGUUAAAGCAGAUCAUCAUUGCUGUUGGUUCCAUUAUUGUAAAGCUUUGCGUGUCAAAUGGAAAGAGCUUGGAAUGCACAAAGCACCAUAUAAAAUAUUGAGAUUACUGAUGACCUUGCCUUUAGCUCCAGCUCAUUGUUUUAUGUCUGGUUUAAAUUUCAUUAAAGAAAUUGCAAGCGAAUACGAAAACAAAUAUCCACAAUUAAAGAAUUUCUUUAGGUAUUAUGAUCGUCAGUGGCUUCCAAAAAAAUACGAAGUUUGUGUUUUUGGUUGUCCAUCUAGGACCAAUAACCUUGUAGAAGCUUUUCACUCUCAACUUACUAAAAGGCUUGGGGGAAUUCAUCCAAACGUUUGGACAUUUUUUGAAUGUUUAGUCAAUCUUAUCACAUGUCACUAUCAGGAUUACCUACAUUUAAAAAAUGGAAAAUCAACGUCUCACCCAGUCAAAGAAAAAGACAGAAAGCGGGACAAAAAAAUUUCUGAUGCUCAAAAACGCUUUCUAAAUCAGGAAAUAUCAUUGAAAGUGUUUUUAGAAGAAUGUGGGUCAGUGAACUAA